ACAUGUGCCUUGUGUGUGGUGUUUUAAUUUUGUUAAAGUAAUAAAUUCACGUGGUAUUUAAUAUUUAAAAAAAUAACAUUGCUUAUAACAGAUAAUUAACAAUGGGACCAACGAAAAGUAAAAGAAAACCAUUUGAAAAUAUAAAGAAAAAAAUAAAUCCAUUCGAAAUUCAUAUUAAUAGAGAUAAACAAAAUGUACUUGGUCGACAAUCAAAAGCAGACAGAGGUUUACCAGGUGUUGCAAGAUCAAAGGCACUUAAUAAACGUAAAAAAACAUUACUUCAAGAAUAUAAUUCAAAAGACAAAGAUAAUGUAUUUAAAGAUCGUAGAAUUGGUGAAAAAGAUUUCACAAUGUCAUUUGAAGAAAAAGCACAAGCUCGUUAUUCUGCUGAAUUAAUGAAAGCUCAUAAAAAAAAAAAUAUUUAUAAUCUUGGUGAAGAGGUAACAUUAACUCAUCGAGGUAAUACACUUGAAGAAAUUGAAAGAUUUGAAAAUCCAAAUAGUGAUGAUGAAGAUUAUGAUGAUGAUCGUGGACAAUUGAGUAAAAAAUUUGUAAGUGAAGCUCAUUUUGGUGGUGGUAUAUUUACUAAAGCUGAUGGUAAUAGAGAUGUACUUGCUGAAUUAAUACUUGAAUCAAAAAAAAAAAAAGCUGAACAACAAAAAACACGUGAAGAUAAUAUUAAAAAAACAGAAGAACUUGAUUCAACAUGGAAAGAUUUACAAGCACUUGUUGUUGGUUCAUCUAAAAUUAUAACAGAGACUGAAGAAAAACCAAAAGCUGAUGAUUAUGAUAUUGCUGUUAAUACAUUAAAAUAUGAAAGUCGUGCUCAAGCAACUGAUCGUUUGAAAACAGAUGAAGAAAUACAAAAAGAAGAAAAUGAAAAAUUAAAAAAAUUUGAAUUAGAUAGAUUAGCUAGAAUGAAAGAUCCUUUAAAUGAUGCUGAUAGUAAAAGUAAUCAUAAAUCAGCUGAUCAUUUAGAUGAUGGUUUUCAUAUUGAAGAUAUUGAAGAAGAACAAGAAGAUGAAAUAUUGGCUUAUGAUGAUGAUGGUGUUAUGGUGGGAAUUAAAAAAAAAGUUGAAAAUGUUGAAAAAAAUUUACAAUCUGAUGAUGAAGAUGAUGAUGAUAAUGAUGAUGAUGAAGAAGAAGAAGUUGACGAUGAAGAAAAAGAAGAAAAAGAUGAUCAUGACGAUGAAGAAGAAGAAGAAGAAGAUGAUGAUGAUGAUGACGACGAUGAUGAAGAUGAUGAUGAUGCAGAAAAUAAUUUAUCAGAUUUAAAAGAAUCUGAUUCAUCAAGUGAUGAAGAUGAAGAUGAGGAAGAAGAUGAAAAUGCAUUUAAACCAUUAACACAAAAAUUUCCAAAAGAAAAGAAAUCUAAAAAACCAAUUGAAGAAGAAGCAGAAGAAGAAGAAGCAGAAGAAGAAGAAGAAGAGGAAGAAGAAAAAACAGUUGAGGUAAAACCAAGUGUUCAACUAACCAAUACAUUUGAAUAUCAUGUUAGAGAUGUUAUAAAAACAACUAAUGCCAAAACAACAGAUGACAUUGUUAAAGUAUUUCAAACACUUGAUAAAAUAUGUCCACAAUUAUAUGAUCUUGCUCAAAAAAAUCCACAAUCAACUUGGACAACAAUACAAGAAAUAAUGAAAGAAAAACAUGAUAAAUUUGAAAAAAAUCAAAGAAAAUAUCCAACUUUAGAUACAUUAAUAUUAUUCAAAAUAAUAUCAUUGUUAUUUCCAACAUCUGAUUUUAGACAUCCUGUUGUAACACCAUGUAUUGUUUUUAUGUCACAAAUACUAUUGAGAUCAAAAGUUAAAUCAAAAUUGGACAUUGCUAAAGGUUUAUUUAUUGCAACAUUGAUGCUUGAAUUUACUGUUUUAAGUAAAAGAUUUUCACCAGCAGUUAUUAAUUUUUUAACUGGAAUAAUUUAUUUAUCAACUGUUAAAAAAGAAUCAAAGAAUCUUCGUAAAACUUUUUCACCAUUUAAAAGUGAUAAUGAUUUUUUAAAUUCACUUGUUCUUGCUGAAUCACAAGUUACACUUAAAAUACAACCAGCAGAACCACACAUGAGAGCAAAUGAUUUAAUCAGAGGUGAUAUUGAUAAUGAUUUUAAAUUACGAGCAUUUUUAACAGCAAUUAAUUUAUUAAAUGAAUUUAAAAAUAAUUUUGAUGAAAUUGAUGCUGUUCAUGAAAUCUUUGAGCCAGCUAUUAAUUUAAUGAAAAUGAAUAAUUAUAAAAAUUAUCCAAAAAAUAUAAGACAGUAUAUUAAAAAAUCUAUCAAUGAAUUUGCUGAAUUGAAAAAUAAAAAAUUAAAUUAUUUAGUUAAAAAUAAAAAUAAACCAAAAGCAUUAAAACUUUACGAGCCAAAAAUAGAGACAGUAUAUGAUGGAAAGAGAUACAGACCAAUGUCUAAAGAAAAAGCUGAACAUGAAAAAUUAGUGCACAAAGUUAAGAGAGAAAUGAAAGGUGCAAUACGUGAAGUACGUAGAGAUGCAGCAUUUAUUGCUAAAGUACAAAUACAAGGACAAAUUAAAAGCGAUAUUAUACGUAAACGUAAAGUUAAAGAAAUUUAUGGUGAAGGUGCUGCACAACAAGGUGAACUUAAUCAAUUAAAAAGAAAAGCUAAUUCCAAUAAAGCUGACUAAUUUAAUAUUAAACAUUUAUUAACAACAAAAAAAAAAAAAAAAAAAAAAUGUAUAAAAUUAAAAAAUUUUUAUAAAUAAAAUUGUUUCAGUAUGUUUUUUAAUUUAAA